GCAUUAGGACCUCGGUAUCCUGUAGUUCAAUGUGUCGUAGGCAAGGACUGGUCGUAGAAGUGACAAGCUAACCAUAUGAUGCUAGGCUAGUUAGCCUUGCCGUUUGGUAUUGGUGAGAGGCUGUAGUCCGUGUGUGUAGCUGAAGCCAGCUAGCCAAAAGACAUACAAGGAACAACGCUAGCAAGUCUGAUCAUUGCAUGUGUUUAUUUUCUUUGCAUAAGGACACAACCCAUGUUAUCUAGGUCGCUGUCUUGCUAACGUCAACACACUCGGGGCAGUCAACAAGCAAGUAAAAAAACAAAACGGAACAAAAAGAGAGCGGUAGCUAGUCACCUAGGUGAACAGACCACACACGGCAUUGAAGAUGAAUGGCUUAAUGAAGAACGAGGGAAUAGCGGGGACGGAGAGGUUCGCUAGCCCGGGGAAAGGCAGGGGACUACGGGCUGUGAAGCACUUCGCUGUCGGAGACCUCGUGUUUGCCUGUCCUGCCUAUUCCUACGUCCUGACGGUGAAUGAGAGAGGAGCGCACUGUGAAUACUGCUUCACCAGGAAGGAAGGCCUCUCCAAAUGUGGAAAGUGUAAACAAGCUUACUACUGUGAGAUCGACUGCCAGAAGGGAGACUGGCCGAUGCACAAGUUGGAGUGUACAGCCAUGUGUUCCUAUGGGGAGAACUGGUGUCCGUCAGAGACCGUCAGACUGGUGGCCAGGAUCAUCAUGAAACAGAAAGUCACAACGGAACGGACACAGUCAGAGAGGCUGUUACUCCUCAGCGAGUUUGAAGCCCACCUGGAUAAGUUGGACAGUGAGAAGAAUGAGAUGAACCAGACGGAUAUAGCUGCGCUGCAUCAUUUCUACUCUCGACACAUAGACUUCCCUGAUGACCAAACCCUCACUGUGCUCUUUGGACAGGUAAACUGUAAUGGUUUCACCAUAGAGGAUGAGGAGCUGUCUCACCUGGGCUCUGCUGUGUUCCCUGAUGUAGCGUUGAUGAACCAUAGUUGUAGUCCUAACGUCAUCGUCACCUAUAAGGGGACAGUAGCUGAGGUACGAGCCGUGCAGGACAUCCAGCCUGGAGACGAGAUCUUCAACAGUUACAUUGACCUGCUCUACCCGACAGACGACAGGAACGAGAGACUGAGGGAUUCAUACUUCUUUACCUGCGUGUGUAAUGAGUGUGCCACACGGUCUAAGGAUGGAGGUAAGAUGGCGCUUCAAAAGUUGAGCUCUCCUCCACAGCCAGAGGAGGUCAGAAAGAUGGUUCACUAUGCCAGGAAUGUUAUUGAAGAGUUCCGUAGAGCUAAGCACUACAAGACCCCUAGUGACCUGCUGGAGAUCUGUGAGUUGAGCCAGGAGAAGAUGAGCUCUAUAUUUGCAGACACUAACGUAUACGUGCUUCACAUGAUGUACCAGGCCAUGGGAGUCUGUCUGUACAUGCAGGACUGGGACGGAGCCAUGAGCUACGGAGAGAAGAUCAUUCAACCAUACAGUGUCCACUACCCAGCCUAUUCUCUGAACGUGGCCUCCAUGUACCUGAAACUGGGCCGUCUCUACCUGGGACUUGAGAGGAAGACCCAGGGAGUCAAGGCAUUAAAGAAGGCGAUCGCCAUCAUGGAAGUGGCUCAUGGGAAGGAUCACCACUACGUAACCGAGGUCAAACAAGAGGUGGAGGAGCUGAAAUGAGGAGGUGAAGAAGAAGAAGAGGAGGAAGGAGUGAGGGAGGAAGAGAGCACAAAGGGCUUCUCCAAAUCCUGGGGCAAACAAAAACGUCUUUUUUUUUUAUCUACAAAACUAAACAGCUGCACGGCAUGCAUCCUAUACCUCUCUUUUUAUGUGUAUCUCUCUCCAUCUCCCUCUCGGUCUCUGGUCAAAUCAGUUAUUUUUUGUUUGUCAUGCAGGCAGGCAGUUAACCAGUCGGUGAAAGAGACGAUGUGACCCCGGUAUUUCUGUUCGUCGGUUGUCUUAGACAGUACGUGUUGAGGGUGUUUUUAUGUACUGGCUAGCAGUAUUUGCCGUAACUGGCCAGGACAGUUGUCUUGUUUUUAGUUUUGUUAUUGGCCUGGACUAGCCUCGUAUCUGCCUAAACUGUUAUGAAAAGUGAACUCGUGAAUUUACAAAUGACGUUUGUAUUAAAGCGAUGACGGGUUUCUCUCCUCUCAUACAAGGUAGCAAAGUGAGAGAACGAUACCAAAAAAAAUAAAUCAUAAAUAAAUCAUUAAUUGUUAUGAAUAUGUCCGAACUUUAAAUCAUUUUGCGUUUGUCUUACAACACGAACUGUGUUGAACAACUUUUGUCCUUUUUGCCUGUUUUAUAAAAUCAGAAGUGUUGCAUGUUUUCUCUCACUCAUAUACUGUCUUUGUACCGACCUGUAAGGAAGCAGGGUUGUAGUCUUUGUACCGACCUGAAAGGAAGCAGGGUUGUAGUCUUUGUACCGACCUGAAAGGAAGCAGGGUUGUAGUCUUUGUACCGACCUGUAGAGAAGCAGGGUUGUAGUCUUUGUACCGACCUGUAGAGAAGCAGGGUUGUAGUCUUUGUACCGACCUGUAAGGAAGCAGGGUUGCCCUCAAAUUCGGUUUUAAUUCCGAAAGUAAAUCAAAUUCCAAAUGUUUCUCAUUGGCGAGAAUAUACAUUUCAACGUACUUCCUGAAUUGACUGGAGUUGAUAUGGGAAUUGGCCCCCAACCCUGAAGGGAAGUCAUUUUCCACAUCGUUCAUUCAAUGUCAUCACAUAGAUUUUGUUGUUGUUGAAACAACGUUGAUUAACCAGUUUCUGCCUAGUAAGAUGACUGUAAAACCCUCAAUAUUAACCUAAACCUUUAGGGGAAUGAAAACAUACCUGGCCCUGGAUCACAAUCUCUUUCCUGGGAACCCCAAGGGGUGCAUGUUUCUGCUGUUGCCCUAGCAUUACGGACUAUUUCAAAUAAUCAACACAAUAUCAAGCUCUGCUUAUUUGAAACAGCUGUGUAGUGCUCUGUAGCUCAGUUGGUAGAGCAUGACGCUUGUAAACACCAGGGUAGUGGGUUCGAUUCCCGGGACCACUCAUACGUAAAACGUAUGCAUGCGUGGGAUAAAAGCAUCUGCUGAAUGGUGUAUAUAUAUAUUAGGACCAAAAACCCCAAAACUUUGAGAUCCCCAGAACUGAGUUAAGAAAACGUCUGGCUUAGAGACGACUUCCACUUCACCUCACUUCCCCUCUGUACUGUGGUUGGUUUGAGUGUGUCGGACAUCAGACAUGGAAACCCAAAUAAAACAGAAAACAGAGAA